CCAACUUAAGUUACAUAUAUUAAUCGCUGCAGCAUUUACACAGUUCAGAAAAAUGUUUUUAUCAAAGAUUGUAAAUAGUGCUGUUGAAAUAAUAGCUCCUCACAUAAAAUCCAAAGUUGAAAGAUUAGAGGAAGAAUGGAAAUGUAUACAAAGUUUUUACAAUUCAUCUAAAGAUAAAGAUUUGUCAAAGUUAAAGUAUCAUUUUGAAGAGAUUUCUAAUCAUCUUGAAAACAUAAUUCGGUACAUUAAAGAAGAGGAUAUUAAGAUUCGAAUGUCAUCUAAGCCCUUCUCAAACAGAAAUUGUAUAGAUUUUGUUCUGGAAAAUAAUAUCUUACUUUGUCUGGUUAAUUAUGCACAGAAGGAUCCGCUUAUAAGAAUAGAAGUAAUCAAAUUUUUUACACAUUUUGUAAUAAAUAUUCAACCUCUAUUACUUUCCGCUAUACACAAUCCGCUCGAAGAAUUAAUAUCAUCAUUAUACGAAAUCGAUGAAUACAAUACUGAGUUGAUACAAGAAUUGAUUAAAUUAAUUCACGCUGUUAUAAGACACAUUAUUAUCCUACCUGAGUUAAUUGUAUUAUAUUUCAAAAAAAACGAAAAAGAUAAGACCAAUUUUCCAAUGUUUUCAAUAUUAUUGGAUUGCAUCAAUAUACGAGGGCAAACUGGACGUGUGUCUAGAGAAGCAUUAUAUUUGAUCUUACGUUUAUGUAAAGAUGAUGGAUGUUUUAAAACUUUCUUAUUAAAUGAAACGGAAUUCUUUGAAAUAAUAAACCUUCACUUAAAAAUGGCUUUUACUGCGUUACCAAAUAAUAAUACGUUAAUUGUG